CAUGGCAAUGGAAUGCAUCAAUAACUGUUGCAAAAGCUUUCAAGGCAAAGACAAGGCAAUCAAACAACAAGUAUGUCCUACUGGCCUCACAACUGCAGACCACGUGUAACCACGGCAACCCAGGACUUCCACAUCCACUUUCGUCCUAGACCAGCCACCGAGACAGCUGAUGAAAUUGAGGAGUAUUUCUUGAUAACGGUGAAGACGUCCCCUGCCAGAGCCAUCUCAGGUGACCCCAGGGAGAGUGUAGGGGUAUCAGAGGACUAUCUCCUCUCUAAACUCCCCCCGGGUGGGAAAGAAGUUCCCUUUGUCAUCCCCACGUUCAAACCUUCCUACAUCCAACCGCCAGGCUCACGUUACCUCGGCAACCAGACACCGUGGCUACACACCAGUAGCGCCUAUGCAGAGAGGAAGGCUGAGCUGUCAGGGGACAGUCAUAUCAUCUAUAACCCUGACUCCUCCCCCAACAUGUGUCCCGGGACAACACCACACAGCACCCUGAAAAAGACUCCCCGUGGAUCAGGUGGGAAUAUGAAGACUGGAAGACAGAGUCUGAGUAAAUCUAUGUUUAAUCUGUCUAACCCCAGCCUCCACAGCCACAUACAGCGGUAUGACAGUGUGUCCAACGUUCAGAGCAGCAGUGCUUCGUCCUCUACGAGGGACUCCCUGGGGAGCAGCCGUAGUCUUGAGUCCAUCACAUUGUCAGGCGAUGAGAGGGAGCUUGGGAAGGUGUGUGUCCGGCUGAGUUACCAGGAGGCCCUGGAGCAGGUGUGGAUCACGUUGGUACAGUGUAAGGAUGUGUUCCUCGUUCAGAACAGCAGUGAGCAGCAGAAGAUUAGCUUUAAAGGCAUCAUCACUAUGACCAAACCAGUACAGUUCAAGAGCUCCUCCAACUCUGACACAGUCUUCAUGGAGACCUUUGUGUUUACGUUGCGGCUGCAGCAGCUGCGUUGCAGUGCUCUGGUAUUCCGUCUGCAGACCCACCACCCCAGGAAGAGAACGGUGGCAGAGUGUGUCCUCUCCCUCAGACAGCUGGGCCCUGAGGAGACACAGCACUGGAUGGAGCUCAGCCCCCCCUCCAAGACCACAACACAGGAGGUUUUGGAAAGGCGUGGGGGCGUGGGGGGGGCAGCUACGUGGUUAAGUGCCUUGCUUAAUGGCACAAUAGCAGGCAAUGGCAUCUAG